AUGGCGCAGGGGAUUGACCUCACUGCAUAUGGCGCAAAAGACCGGUUCACAUUCGUCGAUGGGCUCUCCAAGUUAUUUUCCCCCUCUACACCUGGCCCUAGUAGCGCUGCUGCCGGAGCUUUAUCCGCUACAGGCGGAAUAAAGGGGAUUAUGAGUGGUAUCUCGCAGGCGGUUAGACGUCUUACGGCAGGAGGCGGAAAGCCGUUGCUGAUACUGGAGAACCCGGAGUUUUUAUCGGCUGCGCUGGAGAGUGUGGGUGUAGUCGAGAUGGGAGAUAUGGUCAUGGAAUUACGGGAGGUUCGUAAUCUACCUGAUGUUACUGUUGUUCUAGAAGUAUUUGUGAGUUCUGGGGAGAGAAUAUUUGGUGCUGGCGUAGAAAUGCCUCGAUGGACAAUUAAACAGCUCAUUUGGGCUAGGAUAUCAUACGGAGUGAUAAUCAUGGUUAACGCUGAUUCCGCAUUCCUCCAAGAGCCAAGAACAAGGCUGGAAAUUGACCAUGCAGCAUUUGUGAUUAGUCUGUCACAUAGUGCAGCGUGGACAGUAGGAUUGCGAUUACUGGACACAGGAAUCGCGAAGGAUGUUAGUGGUGUCAUCCGGGUCACUCGAGGGGUGGGAGAUACCAGCGCAGAAGAAAAGGAAGUGCUGUAUUAUGUUGGAGAUGGGACAGUAGAGGUUUUUGACAGAGGGCAAGUUAGAGAAUAA